CGAUCGAUCCCUGCGCAGAGCAGCAGAACCAUAGUGCAGAGCCGACAAGCGAAGUGGAAAGCUGAUUUCUGAUAAGGAAGGAAGAGAUUGGGACCUGCGCUGGUCUGACCAAUCAGAUUGCUGGAUAAUGGGCUGGAGACCGGCAGAUAAGAUUGCCGUGGCUCUCCACAAUUUUAAAGCCAAUGGAGUUCACCAGCUGACGGUUCAUAUCGGAGAUCUACUGUAUGUUCAAGAGGAGCUGGACUCUGGAGAAUGGUGCAGAGGAUACAUAUUCUAUGAACCAUCUAAACGAGGCAUCUUCCCUGCCUCCUAUAUCAGUAUCAAGGAGAGUACCAGCAGAAACAUUGGAUCAGAGAGGAUAGUGGUUCCCGCUGGGGACGAGCUUUUGGUGGAGGCAACUCAGGGACUGAGAGAGUGGCGUUGGAAACUGAGGGAACUAUAUGUGCGUGGGUCAAGGGAGAGAUGGCGGCCAUUGUACCAUGCGAUGGAGGAGGUUGUCAACUGGAGAAGAACAUUAGUCAGCAGUAAUACAACUCUGGAAGCCCUCCAGGAAACGAAGGUGAAACUGUCGGCAACCAUUGACGAGAUAAACAGACUCUCUGGCUGCCCUUUGACCCCUCGAGAUCCGGCCACGGGAGCUGCCGUCGACUCACAGAAUACCAGCAUACUGGAACUGUGGAGACUGCAUCGUGAUCGCCGUGCCGACUCGACGUCAGACCACACCCCCGGGACACUACGACGACAGCGGAAGGCCCAGCCACACGGACAUCUCCACCACCUGUUCAUGAGGAUUGACUCUGUGGAUCACCCCUUCACUGAGAACUCGGAGAUAUUCUUCUUCCUCUCCAUUGGAGGAAAAGACCAACUGAGUGAAAGGUACCUCAUUACUAUGGCAAAGGGCAGUUACAGACAACCAAAAAGCAUUGGAGAGAGGAAAUCUUGUGUGUUUACUGAUCUGGGGAGCAAAGAUAUUGAGACUGACAUAUACCUCGUCUGCCAAAUUGUCAGAAAUGGGAAGAUGCUACAAGACAAAAAAUAUCAUUCUCAGCACUCAUUCAGAAGACCCUAUGCAGUGGGAGUUCUGGACGUGAGGACUGUACUGCAGGAACAAGAGUCCAGCGAAACCGCUGAACAUAUCAAGACUAUCACCAUGCCCCUCUACCUCUGUGGGACGAACCAUGAGAGCAACUUUGCGACCUUUCAUUUGAAUGUGAUACAAAAGACGGGCGCCAAAGGAGGCCAGAAACCAGGAUGUGCCAUUGCACUAUCUCUCAGAGCAUUCCAUCGUAAGCAGCUGUCAGUCGUGAGGAUGGAAAUCCCGAUGCUGUUCACCAAGGCAACGGAGAUGGUCCACAAACUUGGCUUCCCUGAUGUCAUUUUACCAGGAGAUGCCAGGAACGAUAUCUAUGUGACUCUGGAGGGAGGGUCCUUCAGCAAGGGCACCAAGACAGCUGAGAGGAAUGUGGAGGUGGCAGUCAACGUGGUGGACAAGAGCGGCACCGUCAUUCCUAGAGCGAUAGUGUCAGGUGCCGCAGCGACUCCGUCUCACGAGUAUAUCUCCUACAUCUUCUACCAUAACAACAACCCCAGGUGGAAGGAGACUUUCAAGCUGGUGAUACCGUUUGAGAAGGUUCCAGACGCCCACCUGCGAAUAGUCUUAAGACAUUUGGCCAAGGAUGAGUGUACGUUGGGUCACUCACUGUCUCGUAUUCUGAUUACAAAUUCUGACCCCCUAUCUCGCUCAUAAUCUGUUUCUUUUCUGUCUAUCUCCCUGUGCCACUCUACUUCUUUUCAUGCACACCAUCUUAUUUACUUGUCAAUCAACUCACCCUCAGCUAAAGACAAGUCUGAAAAAUCAUUUGCAUUUGCCUACCUGAAAGUAAUGAACGACAAUGGAAGCAUCAUCAGUGAUGGCACCCACGAACUCCUCGUCUAUGAGACAGGGGGCAAGAAAUGGACAGACCCUGCCGCCUACUCCAGCCAAACCCCUCAGUCGCGAGGAGAUGACACAGAGCUCAGGGUCUGCCACCAUGAGAGGGAGGAAGACAUUGAGGGGAGGGUCAAGCCCCGCCCAGGCCGCCCGCAGCGUCAAGGAGACCGUUACCAUAUCAACCCUCACCUGCUCCACCAAGCUCACCCAGAGAAUUGAGCUGCUGUUACUCCUGAAGUGGCGACAGAAGUCCCAGGAUCUGUCAGUGGUUCUGAAGAACCUUGUGCAUGUUGGAGGAGAAGAAGUCGUCAAAUUCCUACAGGACACGCUGGACUGUCUGUUUGAGAUUCUGAAUGAUAACCAUGAGAAGUACGGGGAACUCGUCUUCGAAGCUCUGGUGUCAAUAUUUGGUCUGAUGGCAGAUGACAGGUACCAUCAUUUCACCACAGUGGUGGAUAUAUACACCCGAGAAACACUUCUCUGCUCUUCUGGCUCACAAGUAUCUGCUGGCCAGUUUCAAACGACAUGUGAAGGAUUUGAUGUAUGCUGAUCUGCAGCAUCAGAAACUUAUCAAAAUUCUUCAGUCAAUGCCAUACCUCUUCAAGUUCAUAGUCCAGUCCAGUCACCUCUACCACAAGUACGUGUGUCAACCUUUCAUUAGUUUCGUUGAAUUUUGCCUUGUGACCUCGAUGAUGUCACUUC